UUCUAUACGCACAGAGAAGGGGUCCGUCUUCAAGCAAGCGUUCUCUGUUCGUUCCCUCUCAAGGCGUCAAUCAUCGACAAAGGACUUCAGUGGCCGGCCACCUUCGAUCGUCCUCGUUCUAUCCCCUCUUCCACCUUCCCUCCCUUACCUCUUUCCUUCACGACAUCCUCCAACAUGCCUUCUCGUAGGCAAACUCCCUCCGUCUCGCAGUACUUUGAUCAAUGGCUCCCUUCGACGAGCGCUUCGCCGAGCCUCUCGCCAACGAUGGCGUUUGGGUCGCCCAUUCUCUCGGCUGUCAGCAAAGGCUUCAAGGGCGCCUACGACGCCUUUGCUAGUCCUAUGCUCGGCACUUGGGGACCCUUGCUGGGGGGCGUCAAGGGUGAUGGCUCCUUCUUCGGCGGCCUUAUGAGCGACGACAGCCCAGUCCCCUCUGACAUGGGCUCGUGCGCAACGUCGUCACCCUCGUACACCUUCCCCAUUGCCACGGCUCAGAUCGAUUUGCCUGCGUGGUGCGCCGAUGCCACCGCCCUUUCCCCCUCGGAAGAUGACCUGCGUGGCCCAGACGCAGCUCCUAAGGCGGAACCCAUCAGGAAGCUGCGUCACACAGGUAAUCGCCGAAAGAAGCAGUCGAUAUCGGCCGCAACGGCCCCUGCUUCGCCUGAGUUGGAGGGUGGAGCAGGCGAUGUUAUUCGCUCGCACGUCGUCGACCCUUACCUGAACCCCAUCCCAGCCAAUCGCCUCCCUCUGCGCCAGUACGUGAGUGCGCCGGAGCUUCACGCUCAGCGAUACUCCCAGGCAGCACCCGUGCAAAAAGCAGGAGAGACGCGCGUCGGUGGUGGUUUGAUGGCUUCGGCGUCGAUGGACGAUCUACUCAGCGAGCUGGGCUGGUCGUCAGCGCAGGACUAUGGCAGUGGCGGUGCGACAUCGGACGCCGGGCCUGCGGUCGCGCAGGCAGCUGGCAACGCUCCGGAGAGCGGCUCUCUCUUCCAGCGUCGUGCGGCGCAGUGGAGGGAUGAGAUGCCUGCGCCUGCUCCCAUUCAGACUUCCAACGAGGCUUCCGCCGUGACAUCGUCCUCCUUUACGAACCCGGAGCCACACACUGCGGAAAGUAAUAUCCGACAACAGCAGCGUCGCCUCGAGAUCGAGCAGAUCCAAGCUCAGUACGCCGCCACACACGCCGGAUCAUUUGGCAUGCCUCUCCUCAACGACUUUGUCACCCCAGCAGCUCAGCACACAGGCGACGAGUCGUGCGAGAAGACGGCACGGACUGUGCAAGCGGCGUUGCUGUUUGGCUCAGACGCGCCCGAGCGACGCAACAGCGUCGAAAACCUGAGCGUAUUCGGCUUCCCUACUGACAGCAAUGGGCGACAGUAUCAUGCGCCUCAGCAGCAGCAGCAGCAUCCCUCAGCCAGCCCUUACGGUGGCCACUACCUGCUCUACAGCGGCGGUCCUGCCACGGGACCCGGCUUCACCUCUACCUUCCCUCCAUCGUCCGACCCUCGCACUCCCCGUCAGCGUAAGCAAUCUAUGCCGGCACAACAGCAGCAGGCUAAUUCGCUGCAGCUCGAAGGAGUGCCGUCGUACGCCAUGCGACCGCAGUCCUCGGUCACACGCGGCGCAGCGGCCGAGACAAUCAACCCCUCGACUGCAUUUGCAACGCCUCAACAACAGCGCACCUACGCGGCCACGGUACCGCUUAUGCCCGUCUACCUCCCCCCUACCGACCCAAUGCACCAGCACCAGCAUCAAGGACCUCCCUGGUCAGCCCCUCGCCCCUCGUCAAGCGCCUCUUCGCACCCAGGCAGCGGAGGGUCGACGCACACUUACGCUAGCCUGCCCUCGACAACUCACACUUCGCAGGGCUACGCUAGCGUGCAACAGGCCCCCGUCAAGCUCGAGCCUCAGCAACAGCGCACGAUGCCCAAGACUCCCACCUCUGCCUCCUCCUCAAUGGCAAAGAAGGCGCGAUCUACGCCCAACCUCCGCAACACACCACCGAGCAGCGCCGACGUCACUCAUGCGUCGUCGAGCAGCGCCGGUGGCAGUAGUGGAGCAAGGCACGCAUCGCCAACCACGCCGACGAGGAAGAUCGCAACGAAUCGCCGCGUGCAGUCCAACAAGGAUUUGCGUGGUAGCGCAGGGCUGGGUUCGCCCAUUGGUUUGCACAAGAGAAAGGCUGCUUCAGGUAGUGCAGGCAGCGGCUCGGCGGCAGCGGAGAUGGCUGCUGUGAUGGGUGAGGGUGUCGAUCCUUGGGCCCCUGCACCCGGCGGGUUCAGCUUCGUCAACUACGGCGUUGAAGAUGCACAGGAGCUGUGCGCCGCUGUGGCUCCGAGUGGAAGCACGAAAAUUCCCUUGAAGGGCUACGUAGCAAAGGAAGGACAAAGCGCUUCGGGCGCGACGGCGGCGACGGCAAGCAGUGCAUCGAGCAGCAGCGCCGGUCACAGCCACAGCGGUGGACUCCCGCACAAGGCUCCUUCUGCUGCCAUCAAGAGCAAGCCCCGCCCAAAGGCUACGGUUGACAACUCGCGAUGGAUCCAGGAGACGGGCGAGGAGACGGAUGACGAGGAUGACGAUUCGGAUGGAGAGGAUUUCGAUGACUCUGGCGCGGGUGCAUCGCCUGCGAAGAAGAGGAAGAGCAUCGGUGGCGCAAGUGGGACGGGUGUGGGGGCCUCGCCCGCUAAGAAGGCAACGCCGAGGAGGAAGGCAGGGGUUGCGUGAGCGGGGCAAAUGGUCAAGGUGGUGGGCAAGGGCCCCUGCUCGAACAGGAGUGAAUCCAUGUGGGCCUCUGUGUGAGGGUCAUGGGCAUUUGGCAUUUGGCCGUUGGGUAUUUACAGCGGUCGCAAGCAUGCAAGCGGGCAGUGCGGCAGGGCAGCGGCGUGAUACAGAAGCAAGCGCUGUCGAGCA